GAUUGGAUGCGUGCUAUCAGUCGAUGUAGUUAUGAAUUGAUUAGAUUAACUCUUGAAGAUUUAGAAGAUCAUUAUACAGCAUUGACUAUAGUAAAACAAACGAGCAAAAAUAAAAAAUCAUCAUCAUCAUCAUCAUCUACAUUGAUUGAAAAUAAUAAUCCUAAAAAAAGUUCAAAUCUUCCAAUGAUUAAAUCGUCAAUAUUUUCUACUAAACGUUCAAAUCCUUUUAAUAAAAGUAAUAGUGUUACUACUAAUAAUAGUUAUGAUAGUAAUAGUAAUUCUAUUGUUUAUAUGAAUCAAUCACAUAGAUUAUAUCCAUUUCAUAGUUCAAAUGAUUUAUCUAAUCAUAAUUUAUCAUUUAUUAAUCAUACACAAUGGUUAUUAACACAAAAUUGGGAACAAUUAAAUACUUAUUUAAUUGAACAAUUUAUAAUAUCUGAAAAGAAACAUUAG